AUGAAUAUAAAGUAUAUUUUGGUUUUAAUAUUGUUAGUUUCAAUUAAAUCAAUUGAAUCAUUUGAAAACGAUUAUUCAAUUGCUGAAACCACAAAUGGUUAUGUUCAAGGUGUUGUUCAUGACACCUAUAGAUCUUUCUAUGGUAUUCCUUUUGCUACACCACCAACAGUAGAAAACAACCUUAGAUGGAAAUCACCAAUUCCGGCAAAUGAUUGGACACCAAAUAUUUUAAAUGCUACAGUACCAAAGAGUGGUUGUUUGCAAAAUUGUAUGCUUCCACCAGAAACUUGCCCAACUUCAAUUUCAGAGGAUUGCUUAUAUUUAAAUGUUUUCACUCCAUUAGAUGUAAAUAGUACAUCUGAUCUCAGACCAGUAAUGGCAUUUAUUCCAGGUGGAAGAUUUGAACAAGGUGCAGCAAGUACCAUUUUAUAUACACCAGAAACUAUGGUAAAUACUAGUGGAAUAAUAGUUGUAACAUUAAAUUAUCGUUUGGGUGUAAUGGGAUUUUUAGUUGGUGGAGAGGUUGGUGGUAAUUUUGGUUUUCAAGAUCAACGUUUAGCAUUACAAUGGAUUCAAAAUAAUAUUAAAUAUUUUGGUGGUGAUCCAAAUAAAGUAACAUUGUGCGGCCAAUCAGCUGGUGGUUCAUCUAUUGCUACUCACCUUACAGCUAAAGAUUCAUGGAAUUUAUUCCAAGGUGCCAUUAUGGAAUCACAUCCAUUUACACUUGGUUUAAAAACAUUAGAAAAUGCAAGAGAUUAUAGCGACACUUUUGCAAAGGAUGUAAACUGUUCAUUAUCCGAUUUAAAUUGUUUAAAUAGUCUAACUUCAGAUUCAAUUAUUGAAGGUCAAAUUAAAUCACAAGCAAAAAUUGAUAUUUUAAAACCACUUCAAUCAUUCCUUCCAUGGACUCCAACUAUUGGUCUUGAUGAUAUCACAGAGCAACCUUUAACAUUGUUCGAAAAAGGUGACUUUUAUGAUGUUCCAAUGAUUGUUGGUACAGUUUCAGAAGAGGCAUUAUUGUUCAUAUACCAAGCAAGUCCAAAAAAUGUUUCAGCAACUAGUUAUAAACUUGCUAUUGAUUUAAUAUUUUUAGAUCAUGAACACACCAUCGAAGAAAACUACCCACCCAUUAAAGAUCAAGAUAAUCGCCCAGUUCUUUCAGUUCUCGGUACAAAUUAUAUUUUUGUAUGUCCAACUAGAUAUGCACUUGAAAAAAUGAUGAAAUAUAAACAAACUCCAAUAUACUACUAUCAAUUCUCACAUGUUUUAUCAUUUGAUGCUUGGGGUCCAGAUUAUCCAUAUUGUGUUGGUCAUGUUUGUCACGGAUCCGAAUUACCAUUUGUUUUUAAUUCAGCUCGUUAUGGUGGUUAUAGUUUUACUCAAGCAGAACAAGAUCUAUCUACAGAUAUGAAUGCCUAUUGGUCAAAUUUUAUUAAUACUGCUAACCCAAAUACUGGUUUGUCAACUUCAAUCAACUGGCCAGAAUACGAUCUUACCGAUUUCCAAAAUAUAAAUUUCCAAACACCUCCAACCAUCGAAUCCAAUCUUUUAAAUUCCCAAUGUAAUGUUUUAGAUAAAGUUGGUUAUUCCCCAAGAUAA